AGGAGCCAAUCGGAAAAAGAACAUUCGGCCAAUCAAAGGUGGCGCAUUGCUGUUGUCGGGGCGAGCCUGGGGCGCUCGAUGGCGUCGCGGCGGCCCUGGAGGGCGGAGAGCGCAGCUCAUGCAGAAUUUCAGCUUGAUGACAUUCAACAUAUGUGGACAAUUGUGAUUCAAAAAUAACUGAACUUGUGCAAUUAUAAACAUGUAGAAGAGUUUGUCGUCAAAUGUUUGGAAGUAGGAUCUAUGUAACCUUCAUAACAGGGACUGAAGAUUGUGUACUUAAAAUGACUCUUCAGGAGAUGGUGCAUCAGGCAGCCAGCCUGUAUUCUGAUAGAAAAGCAGUAUGUUUUGAUGAAUAUAAUGAUAAACCUCCAGUUUUCUACACUUACAAGGAGGUUGUUAGUCUAGCCACAGAACUAACAGUUUUCCUGCAAAACUACUGUGAUCACAGAGGAAGGUUUGAAAUAGGCCUUUACUGCUAUCCUGGAAUAAAUUUACCAUCUUGGAUUUUAGGAAUCCUCCAAGUUCCAGCUGCAUAUUUUCCUCUUGAUCCAGAUGCACCACCAGUGUUAUCUAACUAUUUUAUGAAGAAAUGUAACCUCCGGUAUAUCCUUGUUGAGAAUGACAAAAUAAAUAAAUUCAAAAUAUCCCACGCUGGCUGGUUUUACCAGAGUUCUUUUGCAAUAGAUGAUGUUGGUUUAACUCUUUUUCAAAUUAAUUGGAAUGAUGUUGAUGUAAAUCUGCUGUUAGAUGGCGCAGAAGACAAAAGUGGACUCUCCAAAGCUGCAAGUAAUUGGGAGACAGAUUACGUAGCUGACCUGGACCAACUUAAAUCAAAGACAUCACAAAGGGGGUACACGGAUGUCAGGCAGCAACGUUCUUUGGCAUACAUCUUGCAUACAUCAGGAACUACAGGGAUCCCCAAAAUAGUCAGAGUACCUCAUAAAUGUAUUGUGCCAAAUAUUCUUCAUCUUCAAUCCCUAUUUAAGAUCUCACCACAUGAUAUGCUGUUCAUGGCCUCACCUCUGACAUUUGAUCCAUCUGUAGUUGAGUUGUUCGUUGCUCUGACAAGUGGAGCCUCUCUGCUUAUAGUACCAAACCCCAUAAAAAUGAUGCCUCUUAAGUUGUCUGCUGCUCUUUUUCACCGUCACAGGGUGACAGUAUUGCAGGCAACACCAACAUUUCUCAGACGAUUUGGAGCUCAACUUAUUAAGUCAACUGUGUUGUCUGCCAGUACUUCACUCCGUGUCUUAGCCCUCGGUGGAGAAGCAUUUCCUGCACUGAAUAUCUUGAGAAGCUGGAAGGGCAGGGAAAACAAAACACAUGUUUUUAAUCUCUAUGGCAUUACAGAAGUAUCAAGCUGGGCCACAUGCUACAGGAUUCCUGAAGAAGUUCUUAGCUCUGAUAUUCGAUUUGAUUCCCCUGUACCACUGGGAUCACCACUGCUUGGAACAACAGUUGAAGUCAGAGAUGCCACUGGUUCUGCAGUUCUAGACGGAGAGGGACAAGUUUUCAUAGGUGGUAAAGAACGAAUCUGCUUCCUUGAUGAUGAAGUAACUGUCCCUUUGAACACAAUGAGAGAAACAGGGGACUUUGUAAGAGUGAAGGAUGCAGAGAUGUUUUUCUUAGGACGGAAGGACAAUCAGAUUAAACGUCAUGGCAAACGUCUUAAUAUUGAAUAUGUACAGCAGGCUGCUGAAGGUCUUUGUCAUGUGGAAGCCUGUGCAGUGACAUGGUAUCGACAGGAAAAGUUAAUCUUGUUUGUUGUACCUAAAGACAACUUAGCAAGAGACACUCUUAAGGAACUCCAGAAACAUCUCCCAACCUACGCAAUCCCUGAUGAACUUGUGCUGAUAGAAACUUUGCCUUUCACAUUGCAUGGCAAAAUUGAUGUUUCUGAGCUGCGCAAGAUUUACAGUAACCAUCUAAAUUCCAGAAGGCAUGACAGUAAGCUGAGCGGAGCAGAGGAAUUGUGGGAAAGAUUGCAGUAUUUAUGGAAGUCUCUCCUGAGUCUUCCAGAUGAUUCACCAAGCAUUUCCAAAGAUUCACUGUUUCUGUACAGUGGUGGAGAUUCCCUGAAGUCACUACGGUUUCAUGAUGAGAUUGAGAAUUUGGCAGGCAAGGCCAUUCCUGGACUCCUGGAAGUUAUUCUCAGCAGCUCCAUUGCUGAGGUUUACCGACAUGUUCUUAAAGCUGUAUUCCCAAGUGAGGACCAAAUAAUGAAUCAUAACACUGUGAAAAGAAAACUGAAUGAAAGCAGUGGAGGGGAAUUCCAUGGAGAACACACACAACCAAAAUCUAGAAGGUACUUUAAUGCUGCUGCAGGAUUGAUUGCAUUUAUUGCACUAAACCGAGGAAAUCGGAUGUCGUCGAUGACUUCCCCUGAGUCUCUUAUGAGACCAUAUAAUGCAGGACAGGCAGGAACAGAGUUAAGACAACAAGCAUCUUGUUCAUCUGGUGUAACUUCUAAUUCAAUGAAAUAUGAAGUGACAGAGAAUAAAUCUGAAAAGAGCAGAAGCCGUCCAAAAAUUGCAAGCAAGACAAAUGAAACAGGUACUCAUUCUGUAGAACAAGCUCCUUCAGAAAUGCCUGAGAAGCUGAUAUUACAUGUAAGAUGGAAGUCAAAUAUGGGCAAAUGUGUAGAUGCCUCCCCAUUAGUUAUAAUACCAGCCACGGAUGAUUUAUCAGCAACUGUAUACGUUGGGUCUCAUUCUCACACAAUGCAGGCAAUUGAUUUACACUCAGGAAAAAUCAAGUGGGAGAGAAUCCUUGGAGAUCGUAUUGAGUCCUCUGCAUGUGCGUCUAAGUGUGGAAACUUCAUUAUUGUUGGCUGCUAUAAUGGUUUUGUGUAUGUACUCAGAAGCGAUAAUGGGGAAAUACACUGUAUCUUUACCGCAGAAGAUGCUGUGAAAAGCUCUGCAGUUGUGCAUCCUUCCACUGGACUAGUCUACGUUGGAUCGCAUGACCAGCAUAUAUAUGCUUUGGAUAUUUAUAAAGAGGAACGUGUCUGGAAGCUGCACUGUGAAGGUGGAGCUGUGUUUUCAUCUCCAUAUCUAAGUAUCUUGCCAGAUCACCUGUAUAUUGCUACUCUAGGAGGACUUUUAUUGGCUGUAAAUCCAGAUACGGGUAAUAAGAUCUGGAAAAGUUCCUGUGGAAAACCCCUCUUCUCCUCUCCUCACUGCAAUGAGCAGUAUGUGUGCAUUGGAUGUGUGGAUGGGAAUGUGUACUGUUUUAGCCACUCAGGAGAAAAGGUUUGGCAGUUUUCCACCAGUGGACCAGUCUUUUCAUCCCCAUGUAUCUCAAGUUUAACUAAGCAAGAAAUAUAUUUUGGUUCCCAUGACCGCUUUAUCUACUGCUGUAAUAUGGAAGGCCAAAAGACUUGUAAUGAGGCCCUGGUUAAGAUAUCAGCAUCCAGCCAGAAAACACUGGAAUCCAUCUGAAAACAGUAUCAAUGGAGAGGUGAAGAGUACCAGUAGCUGAAUCUUUGGAGAAUACCACUGAAGAGGACCUGGUUAAAACACCACACUCAGUGGCACUUUACCUGCUAUAAGAAGUGCACCCAAUAAACUGAAUUUGGCAAGGCUGAAAUGGAGGUACAUCAACCAUCAGAAAAAAGCUGAAGCUGCUGGGACAAGUGCUGGGUGUGGGCAAGAAUUGCCUUAUAUUGAGAAGAACACCAUCUUCUUCUGACCUAAACUGAAAGCACAAAGGCAUCCAUGAAGCACAGUUUCAACAUGAGAGAGACUGAAUGAAGCAGUCACUCUUUGUGAGAAUGUUGCAUGGAAAGGUGUUGGUGCAUUGACCCAAAAGAUACCCAUGCAUACACCACUGUGUAUCCCACAGAGUGCUGCACCAAGAAAGUAUCUAGUGUGUUGUCUCAAAAGAAAAAAAGCAAUUUAUGAACUCCAACUGAGUCACACACUUUGCAGUAGUAAAAUCAGUAUUUGUUUGUAUUGCCUCAGAGGCUCUAAUGGAUGGGAAAGUGGUAGAGAUGGUCAAUGCAGAAGCUAAGUACAGAGAAAUAUGUACUUUGAAAGUGAAGAGAAAUAAAUGCUUAGCAGAAAGACUUAUAAAGCAGUUAUUGAACUGUGGAAUAUGGACAUAGUUUUUAAGCAAUCCAAUCUGCUGAAAUGAAUCACUGUGUAUGUCCUUAAAAGCAACAAAAAGUGUGGUGUGAGAAGUGAAAGCACUGAUGUCAACAAUAGUAUGAAGAUUCUAGGUGCAGCUACUAUUUUUUUUUUUUAAACAGAAAAGCAUUUUGUCCUGCAGUACAUAAGCGUUUCAAGGAUCCAUAGCUGAUGCCAAACCUGAAAAAAUAAUAUCACAUGACCUGUACUUCAUUUUUAAGUAGUGCAUUGAUGGUUGCAGUGACUUCAGCACCAGCAAGCAUGAAGGUAAGCAAGUGGAGCACAAAGCUGCCAUUUUAUCACAAAGCCUCAUGGAUGAGAGUUUGAGUGAAAGGCAGGUUUACAAUAUACACACGACAACUAUGUGGUAUAUGCAUAAUCUACCACUACAAGUGGCUGUUGCUUUAGCAAUUCAUUCCAAAACCCAUUCCUUGAGCAGCGUAGGCACUGCAUUGGCUCCUCCACUGAUUACAACAAACUACUCCAAGUUUUCCAUGGUACCACCAUUGAUGUUGAAGAAUUGCUUGAAGAAUUUCAUUGUUGCAUGGCAUAACGAAGCUGCUACCUCUCACCAUUCAAUGCCGUUUCUUCGUAGUUCCUGGGAGGAGGCUGACACUAAAAUUAUCUUGAAUGGCAUCAGUACCCCAGCGAUACUACUAAAUGCUGGAUUUUUGCACAAGACACAGAUGUUUUAGUGCUCUCUGUGAAAUGCUAUCCAAGAUUUCUGCAAGAUUGUUUGUGGCUGCUGCUGGGGAACAGAAUUGUUGUAUAUCCCUCAGAAAUGUGUUCCUAUCCCUUGGACCAUUAAAAACUGCACACUGCCAAGUUUCCAUGCCCUUUCAGGAUGUGACAAUACUGGAAGGUUGGCAGAAAAGACCAAAUUAACCUACUCAAAGGCAUUUGAUUCAUCCUCCAAAGACUCUCCUUGCUCGAAACGGCUGAGACAGUCACUGAUGAGGUCAUAGAUGCACUGGAGAGGUUCAUAUGUUGAGUUUACCAUUUGAAAGCCAACAUUACAGCACACGAACAGCUCUGUAGCUGGAUGUUUUCCAAGAAGCAGAUGGUGAAAAACUGCCAUUGACAAGGGUCAAGAGGGAAAAUUCCAUGCAGUAGAAUGAUUCUAGGACAUCCAGAAACUAUCUUUUCCCCAGGGGCCAUGAAUGGGUCUUGGAUUGAUCAUGUCAGUUAUGUGUGAAAUACCACGUGGUCCACAACCAGUCUUUCUGCUAAUUAAAUGCUGUGUGUCAAAAACCAGAUGCUCAACACCCUGCAAAUGUUUGGCCAGAUGAUGAGGAUCAGUGUGAUGUGUCUAGCAGUGAAGCCCUAGACUGAGAUGACACUGAUUAACAAAUCGUUUGAGUCUUGCAUGUCAAGGCUAACUUCAUUAGGAUCAGUGUCUCUUUAUGUAAGCAAUGCAUAACUGUUUAAAAAUCGAUGUUUUUUUAAUUAUACUUUAACAUUUUCUUGAAUAUAAUAUUUAGUUAAUUGUUCUAGGUUUGUCAUGUUUGGUACCCUUGUGUUUGCAGGAGAAAGGACUUUUGAAAGAUACCCAAACUCAACCCAUUUCCAGCAACAUUGUAUUAAAAUUUCCACCAACCCGAGGAGCUUGGAAGCAGCAGGUCAUCUCUCUCCCUCCGUCCUGCUGCAAAGUAUGACACCAUUGGAAUUAUGAUUCUGUAGAUUUUUACAAACCAGCUGACACCUCCCUUAUCUUUCUGUUGCUAACUUGCCCACAAAAUGAGAUUUUACUACAUUAUGAUCCUACACAAAAAAUUAACUAUAUAAUCCCUGUCUCUAUUUUCAUGGCUCAGGUACAGUGCAAGCAACCCUAUUCUGUCCCUGUUCAACCCUGACCUAAAGGAACCACCUCUAGAUUGGCACCACUGGAAUAAGUAUUAGAUGUGGAGGCACUUUGUGUGGGCAGCUGUCCACUAUGGACUGGACUGAGUCUGCCCAACUUGUGUAACAGAUUUUUAAAAAAUCUAUAACUGGGGGGUGGGAAAAAAAUCAAAACUUUUAAAAUCCUGUGGGAGAUCAUCUGCUUUUUAGAGAAACACUGAUUAAAAACUAUCUGACCCAUUUUUUAGUCAGUAGGAAUUCUAUAAGCCUGCACAGCAGCUGUUAGCAGAGAAUUUGGAAAGAUGGUUACUUCAAAGGCUCUGCAAAGAGAAGCAGAGAGUUUGAAACAUCGCUUUCCAAACAGCCCGUUUUAGCUACUUUCAGUGCAAGUCUGAAGUACCUUGAUUUUCAAAUAUUUUUCAGUUCUUAAAGAUCUCUUAACAUACAUAUUGUCGUAAGGGAGGGUAGAUUUGCCAAAUUCCAGUGUAGGCCUUUAUAUUAAAUGACUGCACCGUCAUAACCUGCAUCAGCCAAACAUGUCUAUUUGUAAUAAGAAGAUAUGAUGCCUGUUAUAUUUGUUGUUCUAAUAUCACUAUUUGACCUCAGAGGCAAAUAGUGACCAAGGUGAAAUCAAUUCAAUAUAUGCUUGAGACACAAUGAAUUUUGAUCAAAACAAGAGGUGUCAGCACAGGCAUUGUUACAUAUUUCUGAAGACAUUCAGACCCUAUUUGAAAAUCUCUACAUUAUGAAUCGUAAAAGUAAUUUUUCCUGUGAAACUCAGAUUUUAAGGGGGGACCUAAGUUAGAGGUCCAGAAAAAAUAUAACUAGCUUCCAAUGAUCUAAUUAGGAAAAAGUCUAGCAUAUAGUUGGUUGAUGGUUCAGAGGUAAAUAUGUCACUGAAUUCUUCUGCUAUCAGUCAAGAUAUAGUCCUUGGUAUGCAGUGGCUGACUGGUUAAUAAUGUUACAGUAUUCAUUAUUAUUGAUCUAUGAGGAAUUAGACAACACUAACUGAAUUAUUUCAUCACUUUUCAGCCAAUUAUAAACCAUAAUCCUUGGCAUGUAAUAGUGCAGAAUAUACAGACUCAGACUUACUUCUACUGAGAAUACAUAAAUCAGCUACUACGUGACUUUUAGCAAUAUUCCCUCAGCACAUUUUUCUCCAAACAGUAAGUCGUAGGAAGGUUAUGUCAAAGGAAGUCUAACCAAAGAUCAUUAGCAAUACUUCAUACUAAUCCUUUUAUUAAAAAUUAUAUUAUAGUACCUUAAA